AACCCAGACUUUGAAACUUCUCUGCUCUUAUAAAAGGCUAAAAAGUGAUCAAUUCAUUAUAAAAAUCACGAUAUGAGUUUUAUAGUAACUUAAAAAGAAACAAAAUGUAAUUUUUUUUUUCAUAUUUGUACAACCUAUGCAUGUUUUUGAGCAAUAUAUUACUGUCCCCAGCAUUACCGUCAUUACCGCAACAGUGUAUGGUUUCUGUAGGGAAUCAUUUGAAGGUAACGCUUGUUUAUGUUGUAACCAUGGAAACAAAGACUUGCAAGGAAGCACAUGCCAGCCAUGAGAGAAGAUUAACAUUUAAAUUAUUUAAAUCUACAUUUUUAGGGCACAUGGCUGCAGUCGGUUGUUCCAUGGGACCUUUCCUUCACUACUGGUAUCACUGGCUGGACAAAGUCUAUUCAGGAAGAGUGGUAAAGACUGUUGUCAGAAAAGUCUUGAUUGACCAGCUUGUUGCAUCUCCACUUCUUGGAGCAUGGUACUUUAUAGGCAUGAGUGUGAUGGAGGGUAAUGGCUCGGUCAAAGGCUGCACUGAAUUUAAGGAGAAGUUUUGGGAAUUUUAUAAGGCGGACUGGUGUGUAUGGCCCACCGCACAGAUGAUUAACUUCUAUUUCUUGCCAGCCAAGUUCCGGGUCUUGUAUGUAAAUACAGUUACACUGGGAUGGGACACCUACCUCUCAUAUCUCAGACACAGGGAUGUUCAACUCGUUGAUAACCCGGGACCAGAUCAACAGGAAUCAUCACUUCCACUUUCCUCUGGAAAACCCCCAGAUGAGAAGCUGUAGACAACAUUUAGCCUGAAUUUCAGCUCAAGAUAAGAUCACAACUUCUCCUGUAUCAUUCUCUGACACCACUAUCACUCCCACACUAAAAGAAACCACUGCUGAAACACAUCACCUAACAACACCAACACUUAAAUCCACCACUGACAAAGCAACUACAAUUAAUUCUACAACCGAAUCACAGUCCAAAACCUCUUCGACUCUCUCAACGAGCACUCAUUCAACAGUGUCAGGAAACCCUUCAGAGUCUCACACAACUCCCCAUCAAGAAAGCAGUACCAUCACUAAAGAAACAGAAACAACAUUGGCUGGCAGAAAUGAAAGCACUGGAACCACUGAAUCUAACAUUACCAAAACAUCUGUGUUAACAUCCAUCUCGGUCUCUUCUACUGAGCCCAGUAAAUCUGCAGCGUCAACUAAGAUAAAGGCAACCACAGGAAAUACAGAAGUAAACAGCUUGGCUACAAACCCUGGUCUUGUGGCCAUCCUCUGCAUAUUCUUUAUAAUUCUGGCUUUGCUACUUGUUCUUGUGAUCGCCAAAGUCAUUAGUUCCAGGAAUCAACCAUUCGAAAGGCUGGAUGAUCUACCAAUG